CGAACUUGGCUGUCUCUGCACGGCGACCCGCUUACAGCCUGGAAUCCCGCCUAGACCAUUCAAGCUGUGGCGUGGCGCAGGGACUGGCCAACCUGCUGCUGGCAGCAAGUCACAGCGGACCAACAGCAACAGCGCAGUAACGGGCCUGUCAAUGGACCGGCCAGCGGGGAGGGCAGGGCAAGCCUCCUGGAGGAUACGGAGCCAAAAGCUGCGCCUCUGGUGAGCUCACUUUCAAACUUGCCUUCCACCUCACAGCGACCAAAGCGUCCGUGACCGUCUGCACUAGCAAAAGCAGUUGAACAACUUCCACAUUCAUUAACAUGGACCACAUCAAGACAACGGUUGCUGCCCCUACCGCCACUGCCGCCCCCGCGGCUGCACCGGCCCCCACGCAGGAGCGUGAGCGUCCGUUCCAGUGCCCGGUGCCUUCGUGCAAUGGCCGCUUCCAGCGUAAGUUCACCCUGCGUGAGCACAUGAAGACCCACACGGGCGAGAAGCCGUACCAGUGCGCGAUCCGUUCGUGCGCCAAGCGCUUCAGCACCUCAGGCAACCUGGCGCGCCACCGCCGCCUUCAUCUGCUCAAGAAGCUCGAGUGCCCGGUGGAGGGAUGCACGCGCAUCUUCACCAAGUCGGAGAAGCUCGCUCGUCACCUGCAGAACCACCUCGGCAGCGUUGCGCACAUCUGCGUCGUUGAAGGCUGCGGCAAGACGUUCAGCACGGCCGGCAACCUUACGCGCCACCUGCGCACGCAGCACCCGCCUGGAGCUGUGGCCGCCGCUCGCGCUGCCGCACCGCCUCAGCUCCGCGCCCCGCUUGCCCGUCCGAGCCCGCUUUCCGUCGCCGAAUACGCCCCGUGGUCGAUGAGCACUGCCUCCACCGCCACCACCACCGUAAGCCCCGCCGAGCAGAGCAUCAGUGUUCCCCAGGCUGCCAACGUAUCGGACCACGAAAUUCUGGACGUCCUCCAGUGCCUCUUUGUUGACGAGAACCCCGGUGCAUCUGUCGCGCCCGUUGACCAGUCCCAGGACCAGUACCGCCUUCAGAGCGACCAGCCCGUGCUGCUGUACCUCUAAGCACAUGCAGUCGAGCUAUUAUCUCGACUGGACUUGUUAUCGUGAGUGAUAGAUACAUUAGUUUAUGAACAAGAGUGGAGCGUUGUAUAUAUAUUCCUCUUAAACUCAACUCGAUACACUUGCUUCUCUUCAAU